GUCUGCCUGCCGUGUUACAGAGAAAACCUCCUGGCGUUUCCUCGCGUUUCGUUAUCUUCUCGCGGUUUUCCCCGUUUUUUCUAACCGGUUGCUCGUACGCAACAACAAACUGCCUGUAGUGUGGCGAAUGUGAGUGAAUGAGUGAACAACGGCGAUCACCCACGACGAAGAUGAGCGAGAGGAGAAAGACACCGGCUGCUAGCAGGAAAUGGCAGGAGGACAAGUCGAGCAGGCCCAAAGAACCUACCAGACCACCGAGGACGAGGUCGACGCAACAGGCUCCUCGCGACCACGGACCUAUCGAUCGACGCGAGAAACGCGCCGAGAAACAACCGAUGACGACCCUCGACGAGAACGUGAACCGUGUUUCACGGGUGUACCAAAAUGAAGGGGAAGACCAAGACCAAUUGGGUUGGCAAGAAAGAAUAGAACGCCUUUCAAAGAAUAGUCAGGAUAAUUCCAAUAAAACAUCGGACUUAGGACAACCCGUACAAAUUGUACUUGCUCAUCCAGAUCACACUUUUGAGUUAAACGAAGAAGCGUUGGAAAAAAUUCUCCUCCAGGAUGAUAUUAAAGAUAGGAGUGUAGUUGUUGUGUCGGUAGCAGGUGCUUUCAGAAAAGGGAAAAGUUUCCUGCUUGACUUUUUCUUGCGAUAUAUGAACAGUAAGUACAAUAACAAUAACGAGACGGAUUCCUGGUUGGGCAAAGAAGACGAGCCCCUGAGCGGAUUCUCAUGGAGAGGUGGCUCCGAAAGGGACACAACCGGCAUAUUAAUGUGGUCGAAGGUUUUCUGCGACACGUUGCCGGACGGUGAAAAAGUAGCUGUGAUUUUAAUGGAUACACAAGGUGCUUUCGAUAGCCAGUCGACGGUGAAAGAUUGCGCGACUGUGUUUGCCCUAAGCACGAUGCUGUCCUCUGUACAAAUUUACAAUCUGUCGCAAAACAUCCAAGAGGACGAUCUUCAGCAUUUGCAACUUUUCACCGAGUACGGUAGGCUAGCGUUGCAGAAGUCGAAACGUACACCAUUCCAGAAGUUGCAGUUCUUGGUGAGGGACUGGAGUUAUCCUUACGAGGCGGAAUACGGUGCAACCGGUGGACAAAAGAUAUUGGACAGAAGGUUGGAGAUUUCCGACAGUCAACAUCCGGAGUUGCAAAGUUUAAGGAAGCACAUCAAAUCGUGCUUCUCGGAUAUCUCGUGCUUCCUGAUGCCGCAUCCGGGCCUCAAUAUCGCCACUAAUCCCUAUUUCGACGGCAGACUGUCCGAGAUACAGAAGGAGUUCAGGGAACAACUGAGGGUGCUGAUACCGAUGCUCCUGGCACCGGAGAAUUUAGUUACGAAAAAAAUCGACGGCCAAAUUGUUAAAGUAAGGGAUCUGUUGGAGUACUUUAAGAGCUAUAUAAAAAUUUACAAGGGGAACGAGCUCCCGGAACCGAAAAGUAUGUUAGUGGCAACCGCGGAGGCGAAUAACUUAACCGCGGUUACAGAAGCCAGGGAGUUCUAUAUGCGUUUGAUGGACAGUAUUUGCGGGGCAAAGAAGCCAUAUUUAACAACGCAACGUUUGAAUUCGGAACAUAUACGCUGCAUGGACAAAGCGAUGCACACGUUUCAGAAUAAGAGAAAAAUGGGAGGAGAAGCAUUUAGUCAAACCUAUAUGAAGAAAUUGUGGCAGGAUAUGGAUACAGCUUUUAUUCAAUUUAAGGCGCAAAACGAGAGUAAAAAUGUUUUUAAAUCAACCCGAACUAUAGCUGUGUUUUGUGCAAUAGUUGGUAUUAUGUACUUUUUAUCCGGACUAUUUGGUUUUACUGGUUUAUACACAAUGGCAAAUAUUUGUAACCUGAUCAUGUGCAUCUGUAUACUGACGCUUAUGUUAUUGGCGUAUAUUCGGUACAGCGGUAAUUACGACUCGCUUGGGAUAAUAAUUGACGAAGUGGCCAACGCAAUAUGGAAUAACUUGAUUAAGCCAGUGUACCAACAGUUUGUGGAGAAAUCGGUAUCUGUAGCAGUGGCUCAAGCUGCCGAAAUGGCUACAAAUACAACGAUGAAUGCCACUGUCACUGCCAAUGGCAAGCCUAAGCUAACAUGA